AUGGCCCAACUUCUAAACGCAAAGUGGGACUCUGUUCAUCAUUACGCAUUUCCGAGCAAAUAUGUGGGAGGAAAAUUUCGAAAGAUACAGUUCCGUUGGUUUGUCGAUAACACAUGGUUGCGUUAUUCAACAAGUAAGCAGGGCGUAUACUGUGCACCGUGUUUUUUAUUCAGUGGUAAAGAUGAAAACUCUAAACAAAAAUCACUCGCAGCUGUCCCUCUUGUCGACCCCAGCAACAUCGGAAAAACCAUUCAAGCUCAUGCAGUUUCAAAAUUGCAUAGAGAAUCCUGCGAGGCUGCCCACAACUUUAUUUCUGUGAUGACCGGAGAUAAAAAGGACAUAGUAUGCAGUUUAUCGAGCGCACAUAAACAGACCGUUGAGAAAAACCGGAAAAUAUUAGUUGCUAUUGUGGACAGUUUGAUAUUGUGCGGAAGGCAGAAUAUUGCGAUUCGUGGUCACCAAGACGACAGGAGUAACUUCGCCGCAAUUCUUCAACUUCAGGCAAAGCACAAUACAGUCUUACGGGACCACCUUGAGCACGGCAAUCCCCGUACGAAAUACACCUCGCCCGAAAUCCAAAACGAAUUAAUCUCUAUAUGUGGCGAGAUCAUCAGUAAGACAAUUGUGGAGGCAUGCAACGCCGCUCCAUUCUUUGGUUUUAUUGCCGACGAGGCCACAGAUGCGGCGACCAUGGAGCAAAUGGCUAUUGUUCUUAGGUACUACGACAGUGCACGUUCCCGGGUCUACGAGGAUUUCUUGUGCUAUGCUAACUGUUCUGCUACCACCGGUGAGGCUCUCGCGAAUGCCUUUCUUGAAAACCUUGAGACAGCUGGAGUGAAUCUUCAGAAAAUGCGAGGACAAGGGUAUGACGGCGCUGCCAAUAUGGCCGGGCAAUAUCGAGGGGUACAGGCGCGUAUUCGUCAGAUAUUUCCUAAGGCACUAUAUACACACUGCAAGGCCCAUUCUCUCAACCUUGCUAUUGUACAUGCAUCAAAGGAACCCCUUGCACGCAACAUGAUGGGCACGGUCCAAGAGAUAGCAUUUCUGUUCGAUUAUUCGGCCAAACGUCUCUUACAGUUCCAGGCAUCCUUAGUUGAAAUUGACCAAGAACGAGUUGAAAUGGACAAGCGGAGUGUGCAGCUAUCCAAGCUUCUCCAGUCAACAACAUGUGAUUUAGUCCAAGCUGCCACCGAAGCAGAAGUUAUUAAAACGCAGGUAACGGCUGAGAGAAAUGAUCCGUUGGUGUGGGAUGCCUUAUAUGAGAAGGCAGUGAGCAUGGCUGAUUCUGUUGAUGUCCAGCCUUCUUUGCCGCGUGGGGGUAGACAGAAAAAUCGCCCUAAUGCACCCGCUCAAACUCCAUCAGAGUACUGGCGUAUCAACAUGUAUUUGCCAUUUGUGGAUCACCUUGUCUCCAAGAUAGAAAAUCGCCUUCUUCAGAAUAACGAGAGAUACGUUAUUCAGUUUCUCUUGCCAGACAGGGUAGUCAACUUGGACCGUCAACGGAUGGAUGAAAUUUAUUCUGUCGUACAAGAGGAUUUGGUGGACGAUCAGGAAACCUUUUUGCGUGAAUGUGGACGCUGGAAGACACGGUGCGAAUCUUUGCUGUUGCAGGCUCCGUCAACAAUAGAAAAUGUGCUACAGGAUUUACCAACAGAGCUGUAUCCAAAUGUAAGCAGGUGCCUUCAUUUGCUCCUGUCAAUGCCAGUGUCUACGGCGAGCGCUGAACGGUCAUUCAGCAGCAUGAGAAGGCUGAAGACCUUUUUGCGCUCAACGAUGACCACUGCUCGUCUCUCGGGCUUAGGACUUUUGCACAUUCACAGAGACAGGGAGAUUCAGGCUGACGUUGUGGUAGAUACUUUUGCACGACGCAAAAAUCGCCACCAUUGUGUAGCUGCGGCAAAAUUGUCGCCUGUGUCCCUUGCCGGCGGUGUACAAUUAGUUGCAGCGUUUGAACAUGAAUUUGAGAGAAAUAAGAUUAAAACUACAUAG